GGGCAGCCCUGGCCCGGGCUCCGCCGUAUAUAAGCGGCGCGGGGUCCUGCGGGUGCGGUCCUGUCACGCUCGCACGGGGAGGAGGCUGAGGUGGAGAUGGCGGAUUUUGAUCCUUACGACGAUCGGGCCUACAGCAGCUUCGGCGGCGGCCGGGGGUCUCGUGGUGGCGGCCUUGGUUCCCGCAAACAGAAAGAGCUGCCGACAGAACCCCCUUUCACAGCAUACGUGGGAAAUCUACCCUUCAACACUGUUCAAGGAGACAUAGAUGCCAUCUUCAAGGAUCUCAGUGUAAGGAGUGUACGACUAGUCAGAGACAAGGAGACAGACAAAUUUAAAGGAUUUUGUUACGUAGAGUUCGAUGAGGUGGAGUCACUCAAGGAAGCUCUUACGUAUGAUGGUGCACUUUUGGGUGAUCGAUCACUCCGAGUGGACAUAGCAGAAGGCAGAAAACAGGAUAAAGGUGGCUUUGGCUUCAGAAAGGGUGGCGGGCCUGAUGACCGAGGAAUGGGAGGAGGUUCCCGAGAAUCCAGAGGAGGUGGAUGGGAUUCCAGAGAUGACUUCAAUUCUGGAUUCAAAGAUGAUGACUUCUUGGGAGGCCGGGGUAGAGGAACCCGCCCUGGAGACCGGCGACCACCAGGUGCCUCAAUGGGAAGUGGUGGCACUGGUCGCUUCAGAGAUGGGCCUCCGCUUCGUGGAUCUUCCAUGGACUUCAGAGAGCCAACAGAAGAGGAAAGAGCACAGCGACCUCGACUUCAGCUCAAACCUCGAACAGUUGCUACUCCCCUCAAUCAAGUAGCCAACCCAAACUCUGCUAUCUUCGGUGGAGCCAAGCCCCGAGAGGAAGUAGUAAAAGAGCACGACUGAGUUUGGGGUUGAGAGGGAAUGGGGAGGCGGGAGAAAAAGCAAGACAGUACAGAGUGACUAGCUCUGCUGGAAUGUCAACCCUGCAGUUUACCAUUCCUGCCAUCUGGCAUUUGUCCUCUUUGAAACCGAAAACACAGAGCUUGUGAAUGCAUGUCAGCUGUUAACAAGUGGUUUUUAGUACGUUCUUGGCUUUGCUGUAUCUAGUGCCGGCUUUGUGCUGAGUUUUCCCUCUUCUGUUUCCUUCCAAGCAGCACAGUUGCCAGUAGAUAAGGCAGUGUAGCUGCUUCCACGCGUGUGGAGGUCUCUGGACAAAGGUGCUGCUUCAACUUCUUCCUUUCUGGGUUUGUUUUACUUUAGAAGCACAGGUUAGACUUAGUUACUGCCCUGUAUUGUUUCCUUUUACUUCCUCAGUGCUCCUCUUCUGACCUGCAUGUCUUGUUCUGUAUUGCUGUGGCUCUGAAGAGGAAAACUGGAGAGUCCAGAUGAGUUGAACAGAGAAAUUUACAGUUCUAACCAAGUAGUGAAAUACCAUCUAUGACAAUUGGUGAUAGAGGUACUGUACACAGCAGAGUCCCUUAUAAACCUGAGGGGGAUAACUACCCUUUCACCCAGGUUAUCAAGAAGUAUCAAUUUAGUCAAUGCAAAUAAAAUUGGCUGACAAGAACCUGGUGAAUAGGUGGUGGAAUCAGCAUGGGUGAAGCAUCUGCCAGCAGACUCUUGCUGGUGGCUGUCUGUUGACUUCAAAAGGGUAUGAUACUGCACCUCUAAACUCAAGGUUAGUGCUGCAAAAAUGUGCCUCUCUGAGCACAACUGCUCACUGGCUCUUUCUGAGUACACUUUUUUGGGUUUUACAUGUUUGGUAAAUUUUUAAACGAAGUUUCUACAAAUAAAAUUGACUUUUUUAUUUUUGUUUAAGGAGUGUAUACUUUGCCAUGCAGUAUGUAAUUGCCAUUAUCCCCUGUAUUUCUUUGCCCAGUGGUGUACAGUUUUAAGAACUUGCUUUCAGCAUACCUUGAAAAUGGGCAGAUUAGAAAUCAUUCUGCUAUAGAUUCUCUUCAUGUAGAAGUUUGGGUAAAAAGCUUCUCUAAUUGCUGUAUCUCUCUUCACUUGAAAUGUUUCUUGGGAGUAUUGUGCGGGAGGAGGGAGGGGAGGCUGGAGCAAAAGGAGAGAGAUGGUUAAUGUUUAAAAACAAACCCUGGAUCUAUAACACUGAAGUGUGGAUCUGUCCAAUGCAUGAGAAACUCUUGGGCCCCUAGUGCUAGUGCUGACAGCUCUCAGAUAAACCAGCCAGCACACCAGAGUACUCGCAGGAGGAGUGUGGAAGCAUGGCUGCUUCACUGCUGGCAGCACUUCUAGUAGUGAAUUUCUUCCCCGGAGUUACCUUUGUAAUGUCAGAGUCCCAGCAAUUUACAGAACUACUCUUUCCUUCCUUCUGCCUGUCACUUAAUCUGCUUCUGAGAUAAGAACCAUUUGUCUAACACUAAUACUUAAUUUAAGACAGACAUGCAUUUGUGUGGUUGUAUUCCAAACCAAUAAUUGACCUAUUUACAUCUUCAAUGUGGAAAAGAUUUUAAGAACAAAUUCCCAUAUAAAAACUCACCUCUAGUCAAGACAGUUGACUUUUAAAUGUAAAAACGAAAAAAAAAAAAGGAAAAAGAAUUCCAAACACUUAACACAUUCUGCUCAUAACAAAAUAAAUUUAUGGAUAUGGUAUUUUGUGAAUGAUCUUUUAAAUAAAAGAAAACAUUAAGUAA